CCCACGUCUUAUCGAUAACAUAUCCUUACCAGGUACCGCCUAAAGACCUCCAUUUUUAGAAGGUUCGGACAAGAUAGAACACCGAUGAACGAGACUACUCAAGUACACUCCUAGCAAAAUGGUAUAUGAAGAUACUUUCAAUUUAAAGAAUUGGGGAAAUGAGGGGCACGCCAAGCUUUAACUUGUCCGUCAGUCCGUCUUCUGCGGUGAACAUGAUGUCUUUGACUCACGGUAGAUGAGUUAUACUUUAGCUGUACCGUAAGAAACUGGAUACUGGCAGCUGUAUAAGAAGCUUUAUUUUCCUCUCUAUUACGCGCCAAUCGUAAUUCCUCAUAGCUUAAACUCAUUUCAUUCGAAUUCUAUGAAAUCUGUUUCCUUAAUUUUUUCAUUAAAAUCGUACGUUUAUCUACAACCAUGUCCUCGGCCAAGAGACUAGUAGUAUGCGGCGGCAAUGGCUUCAUAGGAAGCCGGGUAUGUAAAUAUGCCGUUGCUAGGGGGUGGGAUGUGACCUCCGUCAGUCGUUCCGGCGAACCAAAGUGGAACGCCGUCACAUCCUCUAGCACACCACCGCAGUGGGCCCGGAAAGUGAGCUGGGAACGAGCGGAUAUUCUCCGACCAGCUACUUACGCACCACUCCUCAAGGGUGCCGACUACGUCGUGCACAGUAUGGGCAUAUUGCUCGAAGCAGACUAUAAAGGUGUAUUAUCAGGCCAAGAAUCACCCCUCACCGGCCUCCGGAAAGCCUUCAACACAGCACCACAACCAGGCAAUCCACUCGAGCGCAAAGUCCCGGACGGCAGCAACAGCGAUAUCCGGCCCCCGGAAACCAAGGAUCAACUAACAUACGAGAACAUGAACCGCGACAGCGCCGUCAUGUUAGCCAAAGAAGCUGCUCGUGAAAACGUGUCCGCGUUCGCAUUCCUCUCAGCUGCCGGCGGUGCUCCCGUCCUACCCGCCCGAUACAUAUCAACAAAACGCGAAGCUGAAAGCACUAUCGCCAGCGAAUUUCCACGUAUGCGCGGGAUAUUUAUCCGCUCGCCUUUCGUCUACGAUAACUCGCGGCCCAUAACAGUAGGCAUGGCAGCCAUGACCGGAGCCGGCGCACUUUUCAACGGCGCCACACGUGGCAUACUAGGUAACUUCAUGGGUGCAGCCGGCGUCAAGCCCCUAAAAGCUGACGUUGUAGCUGAAGCGCUCGUCGAAGCCCUAGGCGACUCGUCUGUAAAAGGCCCCAUUGAGGUACCCGAAAUUGAAGAACUAGCAAACAAAUCGUGGCGAAGGAGUAUGGCUUAAAAAAAAAAAUCUCAUCUCAACUUAACUCGAAAAAUUCCGGGCUUUGUAUUAAUAAUGCACCUCCUAUAAACUGUAUCAUAACCACCCUCUCAAAACGCCUUGGAAAUACCAUAUUGGUGGUAA